AUGAAAUUUCAGAUUAUCUAUCUAUCUAUCUAUCUAUCUAUCUAUCUAUCUAUCUAUUUGUGCCACUUCCUUUGUUCUUUGUCAUUCUGUGAAAAAAUUCUCUCUCUCAUCCUGCCUUUUUUCUUUCUUUUAUCAUUCAUUCAUUCAUUCAAUUUAUUAUUUGUUCCUUUCUUCCUUUCUUUCUUUCGUUUUAAUUCUUUCUUUCUUUCGUUUUCAUUCUUUCUUUCUUUCGUUUUCAUUCUUUCUUUCUUUCGUUUUCUUUCUUUCUUUUGUUUUCAUUCUUUCUUUUGUUUUCAUUCUUUCUUUCUUUCGUUUUCUUUCUUUCUUUCGUUUUCUUUCUUUCGUUUUAAUUCUUUCUUUCUUUCGUUUUCAUUCUUUCUUUCUUUCGUUUUCUUUCUUUCUUUCUUUUUCGUUUUCUUUCUUUCUUUUUUCUUUUUCCUUCUUUCUUUCGUUUUUAUUCUUUCUUUCUUUUUCCUUCUUUCUUUCGUUUUCAUUCUUUCUUUCUUUUUCCUUCUUUCUUUCGUUUUUAUUCUUUCUUUCUUUUUCUUUCUUCUUUCUUUCUUUCGUUUUCAUUCUUUCUUUCGUUUUCAUUCUUUCUUUCGUUUUCAUUCUUUCUUUCGUUUUUCUUUCUUUCGUUUUCAUUCUUUCUUUCUUUCGUUUUCAUUCUUUUUUUCGUUUUCAUUCUUUCUUUCUUUCGUUUUCUUUCUUUCGUUUUCAUUCUUUCUUUCUUUCGUUUUCAUUCUUUCUUUCUUUCGUUUUCUUUCUUUCGUUUUCUUUCUUUCUUUCGUUUUCUUUCUUUCUUUUUCUUUCUUUCUUUCUUUCUUUCGUUUUCUUUCUUUCUUUCACACUUAUACACAUCUAUCUAUCUAUCUAUCUAUCUAUCUAUCUAUCUAA